CAGUUAAAAAAUGGAUAUAACUCUAUUGUUUGCUGCUUAUAUUUGUGAAAAUGAAUGUUUAACAGAGUAAAUUUAUUGUUUUACAGAUGGAGGCUGUUGGAUAUUUUCUGAUAUUUCCAUGUUUCCUGAUCAUGAUAAAAGGACAAUGCUGGAGCAAUGGUACCUGUGAGUGUCACUGUGUAGACUGUAACAAAACCUGUACAGAAUGUUCGCCUGGAUGGAGUGGUUCUACUGUAAACAAGUGUCAAAAAGCUAACACUUUGUUUCAAAUUCUUGGCGAAAACGAAGGGAAUUCUCAGACGCUGGAUGGUAAUCUUAACACUUCUGUUGAUGUGUUUAACGCUAAUCCAUAUGUGAGAAUCCAAUUACAGAGGUCGACAGAAAUUGAUAAAAUAGACAUCACCCUCCAACUUAGGCGUGGUGCAGUUUACACAUUGUAUGUUAAAGAAACGGAGCAUUACCGUGCCCCUGAUGCUAUUUGCGAUACAUGGAUACAUAAUGACACUGAUACAAAGAGAACAAUAUCAAUGAUGUGCAGAAAACCUGUCAAAGGAAGAAUUAUAGAAAUAGUAUCUCCAAACAACACAGAACUCGAAGUGUUUGAAUUUCAACGUUUCGAAUGCACGGAUGGCUCUUAUGGGGAAAAAUGCAGCAACAUGUGUCCAACAGGCUGUGACAAAGAGUGUGACAAAGUUACUGGCAGUUGUGUUUGUCGCAGGGGUUUCUAUGGAACGUCUUGUAAGAACAGUUGUCCUCAGUCCUGUAAUGAAAGAGGAUGUAAUCUGCAUACAGGCGAUUGCUUUGAAUGUAAGAAUGGCUUCUUUGGUAAUCGAUGUGAAAUAAAUUGUUCGUUGGGUUGUCUUGAACGUUGUAAUAUGACGACCGGAUAUUGUAAAUGUAAAACAGGUUUCUUCAAAGAAAACUGCUCCAUGUCUUGUCCAGCAAGUUGUUUAAACAAUAAAUGCGACCAAAAUACAGGAGAAUGUCUGUCAUGCAGUAAUGGUUAUUAUGGAAGUACCUGUAAUAAAACUUGCCUUGGAAAAUGUCAAAGCGGUUGCGAAAAAUUGACUGGGGUGUGUGUUAACUGCAUAGAUAACAUUUAUGGUCAUUUCUGCAAUCUCACAUGUCCACAAAAUUGUGCUGGGGAAUCAUGUGUUAGGAAUGGAAACUGUGAGCAAUGCAAGAGAGGAUACAGUGGUUCUAAAUGCAAUGAAACGUGUCCAAAUAAUUGUAAUUGGUGUAGUCAAGAUGGAUACAGUUGUGGAACUUGUAAAGAUGGAUAUUUCGGUGUAAAAUGUGCUAAAAUGUGCCCUUCUUCGUGUGGAGGAAAUGGAUCUUGCGAUAUUCAAUCAGCAAUCAGACGUGUGUUCAUGGGUGUAAAGAUGGAUGGUAUGGUGAGCAGUGCAAGCAUGACUGCAGUGCUGUCACGGGAAGCUGUACACAUUGUGGUUUUAUUGAAGGAGAUGAUGAAGUAA